UAUUUUUUUAAAAGAAAAAUGACUACAAUUCUAUUGGGUCGUGUAUGUCGUACCUGUUUAAAAAAGUCCAACGAUAUGCAUAAAUUACGCGAGUUCAUCGAAAAUGAUUUACAAAUAGAAGAUAUGCUAAACCAAUCCAUACCGAGUUUUGAUCUAAAAAUGGAUGAUGUACCUUUGCCGGUGGAGAUAUGUGUAGAGUGUUUUAGAAUAUUACAAAAAACUUAUGAUUUUGUACAAAUGUGUUGGAAAAGCAACCAGGAAUUGAAGAAUAUUUUGAAUCAACAGGAGCAAGAAAUCGAAGCAUCGAUGGUGGGGGUCACAGCAGAUGUAAAUCCAAAGGAUAUUUUAGAAGAAACCGACAUACUAAUGGAUAAUUUUAAAAUAGAACCUUAUGAUGACAACUCCAUUUGUUCAUCUCCAAAGAGACUUGUUAAUGAUACUCAAGUUACAAGACAAGAUUACCAAUUUAAGGGAGUUAAACUUGAAGUUGAAAUGAUAAAUGAAAGUCAACAUGAAGACUCUAGUAGCUCGGUGGAUUACUGGCCUAAUAAUAGUAAAGAGGAUAGCGAGAGCAAUUCUUCUAAAAAUAUGUCAAAAGCUCUAGAUAUUAAGUCUAAACGAAAUGGCUGUAGGAAACGUUCUAGCACUAAUAUUUGCCUUCAUUGCAAUAAGUCCUUUGCCAAAAAGAAAUAUUUAAGCAAACAUUUGUUGGUGCAUGAUCCAGUCUAUGAAUUUGUAUGUGACAUUUGCAGCUAUCGCUUUUCCAGCGAGAGAAAACUAAGAAAUCACAUACAAGAUGAUCAUACAGAUAAACAAACAUGUUUAGAUGAUGGUCCAUAUGCCUGUCCAGACUGUCCCAUAAUAUUUCAACAGAAACUUGAAUUGACUGUACAUCGUGCUAUGCAUCGAGAAAAGACAUUUAAAUGUCAGGAGUGUAACAUGAGUCUGAAAACCUUGACUGACGUUAACACGCACAUGAGUAGUAAACAUCCCGAUGUUUUGCCCUUUAAAUGUCACGUAUGCGAAAAGGCUUUUCGGUUAGAAAAUCAGCUUAAAUAUCACAUUAACGAGCAUAUGGGUUAUAAGAAUCUUAAAUGUGAUUUAUGUAUAAAGAGUAGGUCCAGUUUCAGUUUCAGUUUCACCCAUUCGGGGGAAAAACCUCAUAUGUGUAAAUUUUGUGAUCGUGCUUAUGCAUCCAGUGGAGAUUUGGUUAAACAUUUGCGCACUCAUGUGGGCGAAAAGACCUAUUUUUGUGACCAGUGUCCGGAAGCAUUUAAAUAUGCAACCGAUCUUAAGGAUCAUAAACUUCUACAUUAUAAGGAACAAUUAAAUUUACAACAAAAUAAUAAUGAAACAGCCGAGCUAUCAAAUGAAACAAAAAAUACAGUAGUUACACCGUAA